AUGGAUCAAGAGAAAAAAAGGUCUCGCAAUUUUAGUUGCCGAGAGGAAUCCGUUUUACUAAGCUUAGUAAAAGAGAAAAAAAAUAGAAUAGAGUGUAAAAAAACUGACAUGAACAACAACAAAAUUAAAGAAAAGGCAUGGUUAGAAGUUGCUGAGGAAUUUAAUGGAAUAUGUGGGGAAACUUUUAGAGAUGUAAAAGUUCUUCGCAGUAAGUAUGAAAAUAUUAAAAAGAGAACGAAGCAAAAAGUUGCAGACCAAAAAUUUUUGGUAAAAGGAACAGGUGGAGGUCCAGGAAAGAUGUUUGAGUAUUCAAAUGUAGAAAAUGCAACCAUCGAAAUUGCUGGAACUCAAAUAAUUGGAACCGAGUCAAAUUUUGAUGAUGAUUGUGAUGAAAUAGAACAAGAAAUAGAGUUGGAACAACAAGCCUUUCCUACCUUUUUGGAAGAUGAUGUCAAAUGUAGCUUUGAAUACAACCCAGAACCAAUUAAGACAGUCUCACUGGCAGCAAUAGAAUUUGUACCACCUUCCUAUUUAAAAUCUACUUUAAGCAGCCCUGCAGCAUCAGAAUUUGUACAACCUUAUUUGAAAACCAAUUCAAGCAGCCCUGCAUCCACUUCACAACAAGGAGAUUGGUCAAAAUAUACUCCGGAUAUGUUAAGGACUCCCCGGUCAAAAGCACUUCGCAGUAGCACCACUAGCAAAGAAAAUGUACCACCACCCAAACAACAAAAUAAUAAAGAAUGUAUGCCUCUCCCUAUGAAGAAGAAGUUGGAAGAGUGGAGUUCUGCAAAGAUAAAAUUUACAGAACUCCAAGAAAAGUGUUUUCUGGAAGAACACAACCUAAAACUAAAAAUUAUGGAAAAGGAAAGCAACCUAAAAAUGACCUUAAUGGAAAAGGAAAGUAAUUUAAAACAAGAAGAAACAAAAUUAAAAAUAGAAAUAUUAAAAAUAGAAAAGGGAAAAUUAUUUAAUUAA